GGGAAUUUCCUAAAAAUCGUCUCAAUUUUUGCCUAAUUUUAAGUAUUUUGUGUGUGAUAAGAACAAGUUCAAGUCAUUUUCCCACUCCCUCCGCCGUUCUCGUUGGAAAAAUAGGCCUUCCUGGCCUACAAACCGUGCAAACCGAGGAAAACUGCAGCGCGAAAACAUCCCCGAAAAGGCGGAGCUCAAACCUCGAAAAAGGAUUCUAAAUUCUUUUGCAACACCCCAUAAAUCAUCUUUCAAUCAAAGGAAUAUCGCAAGCGCAUGAGCUGGAUUCAAUAGCCGCUGUUGUGUUGUUUUCCGCAGAGAAGAAAAGAGAAAAUCCGUGAUAACCAGAACAAAAUGUAAAACGAAACGGGCGUAAUUCCAACCGAAUCAAACGAAGUAAAGGGCGGACUGUGAACGAAAACCCCUGCUUGGUGCACCGAGAAACCGCUUCAGCAUGUCCCAAAGUGCCCCGAGACGUCACCCUCCGAGCGGGGGAAACGCCGAUGUUGGCAGCAAGUUUGUGGACACGGAAUGGGAGGCGCGCGAGUCCCAACGGCAGCGGGAACUGGAGGAGGCACGUGCACGAGCCGCACAGAUGGAGAAAACGAUGAAAUGGUGGUCCGACUGCACGGCAAAUUGGCGCGAAAAAUGGAGUAAGGUCCGCACCGAGCGUAACAAGGCACGGGAAGAGGCGAAACAGUUGCGCAGCAACCUGGAGGCCGCCAUCAAGGAAUCCAACUCGUACAAACGAGAGAAGUGUGAACUCGAGAUGCAAAUCACGCAGCUCAAGAAAGAAAUGGAGAAGGUGCACACGCUCAUGAUGAAACACGCCGGCCGAUUCAACAAGGCCAGUCUGGAUGCUGGCGAUGAAGCGGAUGCACGCGAUGCGCGUGGUGAUAAUAACUGUUCACCGGACAUCUCCUCGGAUGGGCUGAAGAACGUGAACAGUGAGGAUGGGCUGGUGACGAAGCUUGGGCCGAACCUACCGGAUGAUGAUGGCACAGGCAACGGCCGUCCGCCGCAGGGUACGGCACCCUCGUCCCUAUUGCCGGCUGACGCUAGCGUCGCUGAUCUCGAUAUCGAAGAGUACAUUCUACAGGGUGGCGCCAUGCCGAAACAUUCCGUCGAGUUUCGUGACAAGAACGAACAGCUGGCAGAGGAGCGCCGGCUCAUCCAACAGCUAUCGAAGGACGAUCACGAUGAGGAGUAUCUGUUGCAGAAGAUCUCGAUGCUGCAGUUACGGCUCGAUGACGCUCAGAAGACGGUACAGAUCGAGCGAGAGGAGCGAACAGCCGUCCAGCGUAACCUCGAGAAGGCGCGCCAGGAUAUGCAGGAAAUGCGCGACAAAUGUGAGGAGCUGCGCGCGGCCAAACAGGAUGCGGUUCGUGAAUUGUUGACGCUGCAAGAACAGCACCGUGUUGAGAUGCGCAUCACGCACAACUCGCUACAGGAGGAGAUAGGGGCCCGGGAAACGCUGGAACGGCGGCUGUGCGAACUGCGCACCGAGCUGGAACGAUUGCAGGCGGAAAAUGCGGCCGAAUGGGGUAAACGGGAGCGUCUCGAAACCGAGAAGCUCAACAUGGAACGCGAAACGAAGAAGCUGCGCGCCGAGUGCCAAGAUCUGCAAGAGCGUCUCGAACGUAAGGGCCGCCCAUUAGUCAACAGUGAUGUGGAGCUGCGAUCCUUACAGCAGGAACUGUUGGAUAAGAAUAAGGAACUGAGUGAUUUACGUCAUUCACAUAGCAAAAUGAAGAAGAUGCUAUCGGAGGCAAACACCGAACUGGGGCAUGCGGUGCGCCGGGCCGAGCAAUACGAAACCGAGGUGAAGCGAUUGCGGUCGCGCGUGGAGGAACUUAAGCACGAGCUGGCCGGAGCAGAAGAUGAACUGGAUGCGGCCUGUAACCACGUGCGCCGUCUGCAGCGCACAAACGAAGAGCUUAAUGGCCAAACCGAGGGUCUCCAGGUGCAGAUACAGCAUCUGCAAACAAGCAACGGUAGCCCCAAGCAGCACGACAUUGGCAAUUACAAAGCAACGAAUCGCUCCAAUUACACCGCGAACGUGAGCUACAAGCCGAACAUUAACGACCUCAAGCAACUGUUUGAUAACUCAUCCCGCGGCGGCGGUAGUGGUGGACCUUCUUCAAAGCAUCAGUCAUCCAGCAGCAUGGGUGGACAGAUACCGUCUUACAUUCCGCUGUCAUCCGGUUCGUACUACGAUGCUAAACCAAGCUACAUCGAUCAUGACGCACCGUCACCACCGUCGCUGAACAACAACAAAUACGAGUUCGAACGGGCCAAGCAGAAGUUUGAUAACAUAACACGCGCAGCGGCUGCUGCCGCUACUACCACUGGUGGUGCUGGUGGCGCUAGUAGUGCUGCUGGUCGCGACAAAUCGCGCUCUUCCGGUGGUGCUUCGGCAUCGAAGCAGCAACAUCACAGUACGAGUAGCUCGGCCAUUCCGAAGCGCUACGAUCAGAAUGUAUUCCCUGGCGGAGGCGGUAGUUCCGGUCCAGGUUCAAUCGGGUUAGGAAGCGAAUCAAGAAACAUCCGCCAAAUGGGGGGAAUGAUAGCUGAUGAUAUGCCUCCGACAAAGAGCCACGGUCACGAUCAGCAGCUCAUGUACGAUGGCAGCUGUUCUUCGUACGACCAGUCACCAGCUACGGGGGCACCAGGAGCUCCGGUUCAUCAACCAGGUCGGGAACCACGUAACACCGCUCACAAGCCAAUGAACAUUGGCAAGUUGAACGAUGUCAAUCUGGAUGGGUUAAAGGUAUCGGAGGAUGAUGAAACUCCGUAGCUACGGCUCAACCAAUCUCCUGUCAGCCAAUGAUGAUAUCAGCGAUAACGAGUGAUGAAUCAACGAAGCUAAAACGGCGACCACGGCAAGAAGGUGUUCUCGUCAUCCCCUAAUCUUGGGGCCAAAACAACCGAGCGUAUUCGCUCCAUUAUUUGAAUGUUGCUCUCUCACUUACUCAAACAUCGAUAAUCAUACUCAUCAGUAGACUGCACGAACAACUCGAACUUAACUCUAGCAUCUUAGUGCGUGUACUAUUUAUGAUAUCUACUUUUUACCAUAAAUAGACAAAGCGAGAGAUAAGUAGACAAGCAGCACUACGUUGCAUUUAGCACCAGUCAGCAGAAGGAAGGUAAUAAAAGUAUUAAUUGAAACGACGAUUCCUCGCCUCUAACGGGCGAACCAUCGGCUUCUCAACUGGGUGAAGGUCGCUUGUUAUGAUUCAUGAGAUUAAUGACCGCCCACAAGGGCCAUCAGCGAACAUCAAAGUACAAGCAAGUGAAAGCUCAAUGUUUGUCAUUCCUCCUCCAGCGCAUGUCCUUCAUGCGUGUGUGUGUGUGUAAACUGAAAAGUAUUUCUUUGAUCGGUCAGAUUUACAUUUAUACCGUCGUUUCUACUUAACCUGCUGUUCGCAUAUUAGCGCCUGACAGCAUUUACUUACUUUACUUCUUUCUCGGUACCAAAAACAGAAACAAAAGUGGGCACGGCAUUUGCACUUGGUGUUCUCUAAAAGUCAUUAGUGUUGAUGUUUUGGCAAAGUUUAAAUUGGUCUGAACGAAAUUAAGACAACACCGCCGUGCUGGCACUCAUUAGUGGUUUAGGAUGUAUUAGACACACAGUACAUGCAGAAAGGCACAGUUUAUGCAUUUUUGAAUAGACCAUACGAGAGAUAAAACGUUGAUGAAGCGUUCGUUCUGUACCGUGUAGUGUGUUAAACAUUUAUUGGCUGGUACUUUAAUAAAGGAAAUAUCCUAUUCUUUGUGUAAGCUCUGUA